AUGGCGUCCGGAACUCCAAGCAGCUCCCGCCGCUCGCGCCCUACUCUUCGUCAGGCAACAUUUGUCCUUCCCAAAACUGGCCAGCGUCUAAAAGGUCUCGUGAAUCUGCGCAACGCGGUGUCUGCCUCCGAGAAUGAUGACGAACGGCGCGGUCUCCUCACAAACGAAAUCUCCAGACACUACGAGGGGUAUUUUGCCGCGCUGUCACGUCGGCUAAGAAAUGCUGGGACCCAGGCGAACCAGUUUGCCAGGUCCGAGGCGGGCAUCGGGGUCUUGAAGUACAGUCUCGCGUACUUCCUCGGAUCACUGGCAACAUUCAUUCCCGCAAUUUCGUCCUUGCUGGGCCAUCAGGAUGGAAAACACAUGGUGGCAACGGUCACAGUCUACUUCCACCCUGCCAGAUCUCAGGGGGGAAUGGUAAAGGCUCUGAUCUGCGCGUUUCUGGCGUUCUGCUAUUCGGCCUUCUUGACAAUCACUAGCAUGUUCGUGGAGAUGUUCUUCCAAGAUACCUUGAAUCAACCUGCCCUCGGUCAUGCUGUGGUUCUGAUUGUGUUCUGCGGGGGUGGACUUGGAUUUGUCGGUUGGACCAAGCAACGGCUAGGGGAUCCUUUGGUGAACGUCGCUUGCUCACUGACUGCUUUGUCUACAAUUACCGUCUUAACCAAAGAAGGUGCCGUGCAGAGUGGCGAUCUGUCACUUGCGAAGAUCUUUCAAGUCUUGAAGAUGGUUCUCAUGGGUGUGGUGGCUGUGAUGGCUGUAUCGUUCUUCAUAUUCCCUAUUUCGGCCCGAAAAAAGCUGCGAUCGAACCUUGUCACGGUCACGGAUACCUUAGCUGUCAUGAUGGCACUCAUCACCGAGAGCUUUUUGAGUGGCUCGGAGGAGGAGCUUGCUUCGGCGCAAUUUCUGGACGCAGAAGCCAGGCACCGAAAGGCCUACAGUCAGCUUGAUAGGCUUGUCCGAGAGGCUAAGCUUGAGCACUUUGUGGCUGGCACUGAAAGGGAAUACAGACUUGAGAAAAAGUUGGUCCGCUGGGUGCAGGACAUCACGCAUAACAUGGGAGGGUUGCGUAAUGCAGCCUCUCUUCAAUUCAGCUUGAUCCGUGAGACCAUUGCCCGAGAGUCUGGAUCGUCGGAAGAUGAGCACCCGCUUGUGAACAAUGCCGAUUAUUUCACACCCCUUGAACGCUCAUGGUCAUUUCCUGAGAGUUCAUAUCUAGAGCCUAUCGCUGAGCGGCCAGAAGAAGAAACAUCUCCAGGCGCCUCUACUCGAAAUGCCAGUGCGCAAUCAACUCCAAGGCCCGCACUUCUCCCGGCCGAUGUUUUUACUAUUUUCAUCUCUCACCUGGGCCCAUCAAUGCGGUCAUUGGCUUUCACCCUGAAAGAGAUUUUCAAGGAGAUUCCAUUUGGUCCUGCUCCGCACUACAAGGUGUCGGUAAAUGGCCGAUUACGUAUCAGCCUUGAUCGAGCUCUUGACCUUUACAAAGAGUCGCGCCAAAAGACACUUGCCUCUUUGUAUCAGCAAAAGGAAACCAUGAAGCUGAAGACUCACGAGGCUGAGGCGGACCUGGAAGAGGUCUCAGCCAGUUGCGGGCAUUUCAGCUUUUCUCUCCUGGAAUUUGGAGAGCAGCUUCAAGAGAUGCUAGGAAUUUUGGAUGAGCUGCAAUUGGAAGUUGAAGAGCGUCCAAAUGGACGAUCCUGGUCAUGGCUCAAAAUAUGGCGGUGGACGAAAAAUGCACAAGCCAGCAAAGCAAAGCUUGUUGAUGAAGAACCAGUCUCCAGGCCUUCUAGCGCACCUCCACUUCAUCAAAACAUUCAAAGACAUGCUAGACAUGCAUCAGAUGGCCUCAUUGCACAUGACAGAGCGCCUGUAACCGUUCAAUCUAUAGCGAACUCGCCGAAACAAGCAAUGAAACGAAGGCUUGGAUACCGCUUGUGGAAAGGGCUCGGCUUCUUUCGACGAGAUGACACAAAAUAUGCGAUCAAGGUGGGAGCUGGGGCUGCAAUAUAUGCCUUGCCUGCAUUUCUCCCUUCAACGCGCCCUUUCUAUGGACGUUGGCGAGGAGAGUGGGGUCUCCUAUCCUACAUGUUGGUUUGCUCCAUGACAAUUGGGGCCUCAAAUACGACAGGAUAUGCUCGAUUCCUCGGUACUUGUUUAGGUGCGCUCUGUGCUAUUGCAGCCUGGGAAAUCACAGCGGCAAACGUCUUUGGUCUUGCUUUCCUGGGCUUUUUGAUGGCCAUCUGGACCGGAUACAUAACGAUCGUCCGAGGGAACGGACCUAUGGGCCGGUUCAUCAUGCUCACCUACAAUCUAUCCGUACUGUAUGCGUACUCUCUCGCCCAGAGGGAGGCAGCCAUGGAUGAAGAUGAGGGUGGCUCCCACCCAAUCAUGACCGAGAUUGCUCUCCAUCGGGUUGUUGCCGUGCUGUCUGGAUGUGUCUGGGGCAUUUUCAUCACCCGAAUGAUUUGGCCCAUCAGUGCAAGGCGCAGACUCAAGGAGAGUCUGAGUCUUCUCUGGCUGCACUUGAGUCUCGUUUGGAAACGCGACCCCCUAUCACUUAUGGCCCAGGAGGGAAGGUCCGUUGUAUACAUGACCCCAAGAGAGAAACUGGAGAUCGAAAGAUUCCUUGCUCGGUUGGAGUCUCUCCAAGGUGCCGCGAGCUCUGAGUUUGAAUUGAAGAGCGCUUUUCCCGCAAGCUCGUAUGCCAACAUUGUUCGGCGUACGCGCAGCAUGGUCAACUCGUUCCAUACUAUGAACAUCGAGUUGAUGAAAAACGAUCCUUCCACCGAUGGUGAAAUCAGCCUCCUCCGGUACACGGCAUUAGAACGGCAGCAGCUGUCUGCUCGUGUCAGCCAUCUACUAUCAGUCAUGGCUUCUUCGAUGAAGCUCGAAUAUCCCUUGAGUGAUGUGCUUCCCAGCAUCGAGCAUGCUCGAGAUCGAUUGCUUGCUCGCAUCUAUCGCUAUCGUCUAGAUCACGAAGCCUCUCAGCAGACCACAGACGAGGACUGCGCCCUUCUGUAUGCAUAUGUUCUGGUCACGGGCCAAUUAUCAAAUGAGAUCACAGAGAUCAUUGCGGAGAUCGGGCAACUAUUUGGGGUAUUGAGUGAAGACGUAGUACAGCUCGCUUGA